CUUUAGAGCAGAGACUGACCGGACUGCAAUGUAAAACUAUGUCACUUCAACAACAGCUGGAUGAUGUUCACAAGGAUUCUGCAGAUAAAGAGAAGGCAAAACACAGCAGAGACAGCCCGUGUGCUGCAGUGGUGAAGGCUCUUGAAGUAGGGCAUGAAAGGUACAGUCUGCUUUUGGAAGAGGAAAACAAGAAGUUGCUUGAUGAAUGCAAUCACUUAAAAGAAAGGCAGUACCAAUAUAAAAAAGAGAAAGUGAAAAGAGAAGCAGUUUUGAGACAACUUCGCCAAGAACUGUGUGAUACCAUGCAAAAACUAUCCAGAUCGGAGACGUUACUAGAAACUACAUCACGUUGUCACAUUCAUUUAGAAGAUGAGACCCAACAUUCAAUGAGAAAAAUAAGUCAGAUGACAAACCAAUUUCAAGAAGUAGAGGAUCAACUCAAAGAGGAAGGACACCGUGCCGAGAAGAUGCUAGACCAAUGGAAAAAGAUCAAAAUGGCAAAUUCCAAAUUAAAACUUACUGUCAAAGACCAAGCCGAAAAACUCAACCAGUAUGAGAAAGACUUGUCAAGUGCAAGUUUCGUGCAGAAAUCUCUGGAAGAUCAGUUAGCAGAGACUAUAAAAUGUAAAAGGAUGAUGGAAGACCGCAUGCAAAGCCUUGAAAAAGAAAAUUCAAAAAUGAAAGUAAACUUUGGAAAGGCACUGGACUGCAUUGAGAAGUACGUGUCAUCUGCAAGUUCAACUGGAACAUCAUCUCAAGGAAAAUUAGAGCAUAUUGUUUCAGCAGGAGCUCAGAUGAAAUCCUGUAUUGCAUAUCUGGAAUCUGAAAUCUCUGUAACAGAAACUUCUCAAGAAGAAAUCAAUGAAACCACAUUUCGGAAAUACAAGCAACUCUAUCUAAAAGAAUUGAAAAUUAGAAAAUUGUCAUACAAAAAACUAAGAGAAAUUCAUCAGAAUCUAACAGAAGACACUGCUGAUUUGCUUGAUGAAAAAAAGAGUAACAGAUCUUGAUGUAUCACUCUUGCCAUAAGCUGCUUCUGAAUAUGCAUCUGGAUUCGACAUAUCUUCUCCUUUAAUCAUAUGAUGUGUUAAAUGUAAACCAAGUUCUAGUUGGAAAAGCACAUGAGAAUAUAUACAAAUUUUACAGAAAAA